AUGACAGACCUUAGGCUGCGACUUGCUGAUAUCGACUUAGGAAAUUUGCUAUUUGAAGAUAAGGCCCCUCUUCAAAAUGUUUGUGGUGAUAAAAUCUGCCUCAGCCUUUAUCCCGACUUCCUCGCUUCAAAUUGGUAUGCUUUCAGUUUGCUUUUAUUUCAGGCUCCAAAAACUAGGGAUUUAGCGAGGUGGGAGCGUUACGCUCGCAUAAAGGGUAUUCAUAACAAAAAGAAAUCUAAAAAAGUUUGGGAUGAGACUACUAAAAGUUGGAAGCCUCGUUGGGGCAAGGGAAGAGCUGAUGAUAUAAAAGAUAAAUGGGUCCUCGAAGUGCCUGACAAUGCUGGUAGGUCUACUAAUCUAAUGGAAUUCUUCACACAGAUCCAUACGAGGACCAAUUUGAAAAGCUUAAGAGACAAAAAGCUGAUCGUGCUGCCAAGAAUGAGUUCCAGCGAUUGCGGAAUAUUUCUCAUGCAGCCAAAGCUGGUCGUCGUAAGUGAACUCUUUACUUUACCCUUCAUUUCCUUAUCUUUGAUCCGUGUUUCCUUAAUGAAUUGUUAUACUUGUAUAGCUAACCCAGCGGGCAUUCUGGCUGAAGUUGAGCUCAAUAAAUCUGGCUUAUCUCAAGCUUAUCGCAUAGCGUCAACCUCUGAUGCUUCCCUCGGUCGUUUUACACAGGAUGUUAACAUAAAAAAGAUAAAGAAGAAGACAGAGUAA